AAAUUUUGGCUUUUGAUUUGUUUGGAGAGAUCGCUGGAAUGGAGCUGGAUUUGACGGGACGAUUGGAGAAAAGAACGGUGGAUACGGUGGCGAUGGAUUCGCCGGCGGUGGUGGAAGAGAAUGGGAUGGAUGCCAGGCUAGAGCUUUCUCUGAGGUUGAGCUCCGGCGAAGUGGGGUCCAGGAAGCGGGUGCGGGAGAGCGAUGAGGCGGUCGAAGCGAAGAAGCCGAAAAUGGAGGAGGGUCCGGUGCCUUAUGCUUUGCAGUUUAUACCGGUGAUUUUGCAGGCGCCGAACGGCUAUUGCUAUGUUUCUAUGAUGCCCUGCUGGGUUCCUAGCUCUGUGGAUGCUGUCGAAAAUAGUGUGUAUGAGCCGAGGGGCAACCGGAGUUUGGUGGCGGAAAUGGAUGGAGUCGCUGCCGGUGAUUGCCAGGCGGAGGCCGCUGGUCGGCUAAGUUCGCAGGAGAGUAGUAUUUCUAGGACCUCUGUUCUUCAGAGUCUCUCUGCUAAAGGAGAAAGCAGCAGCAGUACUGAAUCAAGGAGCCAUUCAAGUGGUGCCACUACAGAUAAUACUUCGCACAUUUCUUCAUUCAGAAACUCGAAACCAGGACUGAAGAAACCACCCACUCCUACCAAAGGACGAAAAAAGCCAGCUUUAAGACGAAAGCGUGGAGCUUUAGUUUCUACGCAAAGCAGUGAGGGGAAGAAGAUCAAUGGAUGCUUAUACCAGUGCUCUGAGAGUGAAGUGAGAAUUUUAUGCGACUGCCAUGGGAGCUUUUUCUCGCCGGCUGAUUUUGUGAAGCACGCUGGAGGGCCUGAGACUCAGCAUCCAUUGAGGCAGAUAACUGUGGCUCUUCCAUCAUGAAUUACUCAACUUCUUUUUCUUUUUCUUUUUAUUAAAUACUUUUUAGGGUUUCGUAGGCAUUAGAUUGUGAAAACAGAGCAAUGUAUAUAAAUUUCGGCAUUUUGGCAAAUUAAGACAAAUUUACAUACACAUUA